GCGACACUAAUAACAGCCAAAAUAAUAAUAAUAAUGGCGAUUCAAGUGGACAGAAGCAUACAGGUCAAAAUAUGUUAACAGUAACACACUGAAAUUAAAUUAAGUCACAAAUUAGACUAUGCAGAAGAAACCAAAAUAUAAAAUAUGGCUAUCAGAAUUUAUUCAGUUAUGCAAACACCACUUACCAUCAGUAUCGGAAGAAGUUAAUACAGUUGAAACACUAUCAGACAAAGACUAUCAGCUUAUCGAAGACACUCUAAAGAACAUCAUAGAAGAUAUUCAGCAGAAAAUUCAAAUAUUACACAAAGAAAAUAAUGAAAUGGAAAAUAUUUUAGUCGAUGCUCAAACUAUCUCACAAAGUUUUUCGACUAAAGUAAAACCCAGUAUUACAGGACAACGAUUGUAUUACUUAAAAUCUCAAUAUCAUGAUUUCGGUAUAAAUGAUGCAACCAACUUGAAACAAAUGAAACGACUGCGUGAUUAUUUGUGCAAGACAAAGUUAACCUUGGAGAAAUCUUUGCAAGAGGAUUAUAAGUUGAAAUCUGAUAUUGCUACAAGUCAGAAAAAUGUCCAGCAUUUAAUUGAAAAGGUUAAUUGUCAAAAGAAAGUUAAUAAAGCAUUAAAACAGCGUAUUGAACGUCUGAAAGUUUGUUUAAAUUCUUGGAAAUUAGAACAAGAACGACUGCCAGCUAAGUGUAUUGGUGAAUGUAUCUUAGUUGCUUUAUAUAACCAUAUUAAUUUGGGUAAAAAUAAAGUCGGACACGAUGAUGAUCUAUCACUGUCAUUAUCAUCUGAUCUUUCAACCAAAGGAAAUAAUUCGCAGAAUAUUGAAAAUAAUGUUAAUUCCCAGCAUCAGGAAAUGUCAUCACCUUCUCUUUCGAAAAGAUGUUCAAUAACAGUGACUCAAUUUACUCAGUUACUUCAAACAGGACGAAAUAAUGAAGCGUUUUCGCUUACAAGUGAAUGUGGGGAAGAGAACUGUGAUUUAUUAACUCAAUUAUUUAAAGUAUGUGAAAACGAAAAGAAAACAACUGAAUAUCCGGAGAACGAACUAUUCAACCUACUUUUAAAAUGUAACUGUCCUCACUCAGCUGACAUAUUCCAUCAUCUUCUUAAAAAUGACAAAAUAUCAUGGAAAUCAUUUGGAUUACUUUUAGAAGAACAAAUGCAUAAAAUCAAUUCAUCACUGGAGAACAAUAUCGACGACUCUUAUGGAAAUAUGCGUGUCACGGUUCUAUUAGCGGAUCUGGUGAAUAUUCUACUCAGUGAUGUCGAAUUAAAAGAUCAACAUAAAAUUUUGGAAAUGAUUGUACAAAAAUUGAAAAUUAAUUCUGUGUCUUUCUGGAAAAAUCUGCUAGAAAACAAUCCAUCAAGCUGUCGUGAUGUAUGCAAAUUAUGCGGUGCUUUCGAAAUAGUGAAAGUAAGACAAUUACACAUACGCAGGAUGGUACACUUAGUUCAGCUAGCUAUAUCUGGCAUUUCGACAGUUGAUACAUCACCCGACUAAAGAGUUAGUUCAAUCUGUUGGUUUUAGUUUAUGCAUCGAAAGACAAAAACGAUGAAUGUUUUUUUCUUUGAAUAUCUCCAUCAAAAAUAAGAUACUUUUUAUGCUUUCAGUUUGUU